AUGCAAGCCCAGCUCUCGUCCUACGGUCAAGACCUACGCAGAGCUCGACACUCGUCUUUCCAUCAUGGCGAGCUGCCCAAGCACUCCUUUCACAGUGGGCGCGAUGUCGAACGCUACGCCAUGAACACAGGCGACUACACUGCUGCGUCCAUGGGCAAAUUCAGUGAAUGCCUAUUCCAAUCGGGCCUAAACCAUUCCUUGCCACCCCAGCUUUCCUCCAAGAGCGACCUAUCUGUGAAUUUGGAAAGAGCCCCUAAUAGCUCAUCUGCGUCUUUGCCAGCCUUCACCAGAUCUUCAUCCAGCCACCUAGCGGGCCGAAAUACACGCUCUGCAACCGCUUCCAAAUCUACUAGAAACUUACAUGAAAGAGAUGACGGCAAGAGACUAGUGCAUCAGUUUUUCAACCUAGAUGACGAUUUUCCUGACAAACCGGAUGUACAAGUGUCACACGCCUCCGAACCAUCGUCGGUUUCGCUGCAUUCUCAGGACGAAAGUUUGUGUCAUCUAGUAUUGGCCGAUCUGAAGGAUCGUGCUGCCAUACACGAAGGCGCGCUGCGAAAUAAGACUUGCUGCAGGCCCGACUCUCAUUGUGAAUCAACCCCAACCCUCACCAAUGAGCUUUCCAAAUUCAACUUGCUUAUGAGGAGCACGCUUUCAGAGCUAGCUAGCAGAGAGUCCGCGAUGAACCAGUCCUUCGCGGAGCUUGAGUCUUUACAGCGGGACAUAGCCACGACCCAAGAAUCUAUACGACAAAUUCAAGAUAAAGUUGCUCAAAAAGGUAUUGAAAAAGUGCGUUCUGCCUUCGAAACCAACGAUAACAACUCUUUCAUUUCCAAGUUUACCAAGAACAUUUCUUCAUAUAGCGAGGACCUUACCGCGUUUGAGAAACACAUUGGCAAGUGCAAAGUUGAAUUGACAGACAACAAGGCUACAGUGCAUAAUUUGGAAAUUACCAUAAAACUCAAUGAGAUGUUGCGCGAUUCGCAAAGCAGCAUGUGUGUUGUAGAUCGCCUGCGAGAAUACAGAGGUAUAAUAACAGACGUAUUGACGCUAAUACUAAUUGUCGCUUUAGCGGUCGCGUUAAAACGAUAUUGGCACCGAACAUGA